AAAAGAUCUAUGGAAUCAUUUCAUGAAAAACCACAAAAACCUGAAUCUGGAUGGACUUUUGGUUCCAGAUGCAGAAGUUGCAAAAGAUUUACUAGAAUGGAUGCUGCAGUUUGUUCCUCGUAAACGUCCAAUGAUAAACGAGGUUCUUUCUCAUAAGUAUAUGGCUCCACCGAAUGUAAAAGGUUUACUAUUCCGAAAUAUACAGAAAGAAUCUCCACCUGGCAGCUCACAGAGUUCUCAAACAAGCAGUCAUGAUGAACUUUUGCUUCCACAUUUUGAUAACGGAACAUUCAAAUCAGAUUUGUCAACAAAAAAGAAAACUAAAAGUCAUUCUUCACAAGUUGCAACUUCAUUAUCGAAGCUUGCUAAUAAUUUUCACUUUGCAAAAUAUCUUGAAGAAAAAGAAAAUACAAGAAAGGCAGCUUUGACCUCAGAUGAUCGCCAGCAACUAACUGAUGACAUUUGGUUGUUUAAAGACAAAGUGCUUUUUGGCGGAUUUCAUAUCAUAGCUUAUGAAGGCCAACUGAAACUUCCUAAUUCAAUAGCAGAGCCUCUAGCAAUAUGGGUGUUUAGAGAUUGGGAUGAAGAUUUACUACGCAAAAUGAAAUUUCUUCAGCAACAUCCACAUCCAAACCUACUCUCUGUUUUUGCUAGUGGUCUGUUAAAAGAAGUGAAUCUACCUUUUGUUGCUACUGAAAGAUGUCAGUUUCUAACCCUGGAAGAAUAUUAUGGAAGAAGAGAAAAAUACAAUUUUUCAUUUGAUCCUAGACUUGCUCUCGUGCAGGCAAAACAGUUAAUCAACGGUCUACAACAUCUGCAUAAACAUAAUAUUUAUCAUGGGGGAAUGGAAUGGAAUAUUCUGUUCUCACUUGAUAUGCAAAAUGUGAAAAUUAGUCUUACUAACAGUUAUGUAAUAUAUCCACCAUCCGGCUUUAAAGAUGAUAUUCAUACUUUAAGUUACAUCUUGUAUAAAUUGUGGUCUAAUAGGCAUGGAUUCCAUGCAUAUCCUGUAAAUUUUGAUCCCAAUGAUUUACUGAUUCCUAAUCCUCACUUGGCCCGUAAUUUGCUUUUAAGAAUGAGGCACAGAGAUGAAGACCAACGACCAACAAUUCAGCAGGUUGUUGAUCAUGAAUUCUGGAAAAGCAUCAAUAUUUAGUUUUUUCUUUCUAUUUGUUUCGUGCAUGUUUGUAAUUUCUAAUGACUGGCACUUAAUUUCAAUGGUUUUCAUAUUUAUCCAAAAUGA